AUGUUCUCGUUUCCCUUAUACAUCUUCCGUGGAGUGCUUGACCUCCGGCCCCCCUCGGUCCGGGUCGUACCCUCCGGUAACGGACAUGUGGAAGAUAUGGAGGUAAGCCUGAUUCUAUCAACAAGGGGGGGGGGGGGGGGGGGGGGGGGGGGGGGGGGGGGGUGCAACGCACCAUUUCAAAUAAGGUGCCCUGUGCUUCCGCAGUCCCUGGGUGAUGGGGGGGGUGUUGGGGGGCUGACCUCCGCGGUGCUCUCGGCCAGCUCGGAUCCGGGGCGUCGCCUUUCUGUCAGAUACGCUGGCCAGCGAUGCCGCGGCCCAGCUGCCAGCGGCUAUGACGUUGGUGCUGAGGCCGGAUACGUUUCAGCAAACCUAAUGGAGGGCGUUUCGUCAUGGGUCAUUGAAGGGUGGGGGCAGAAGCACCGGCUGGCCACGGAGAAGUACCCUCCGGUUGGGACGCACAGUGAGGUCUCCAUUCUACUCGCACCUGAGUACAAACGCCUCUUCCAGCGGCCUGGGGAGUGA